AUGAGUGAAAAAACUAGAGAAAAUGAUCAGGUGAGUUGAUGGGAAAUGUUUUCAAUUAAUAUUUUUUUUAUUUAGGAACCAGUCAGCUCUCUUAUAAGCAAGCAUGCUCCGAAAGGAAGACAUUUGGCAUUGGCAACGAAAAAGUUGGUGAAAUCAAAAUUGAUUCAUCAAAAACCAAAUAAAUUUUGUCUUUAGAAUAAAAGCAUCUUUGAAAAACGACAAAGCCGUGGAGAUUGAUGAAAUGGUGUGUAAAUUCUUCGCAAAAGCUGGUCUGCCAUCCGAAACUGUUCGCGAUCCAGCAUUUAUUCAAUUGAUUUAUACACUCAAUAAAAAUUAUUCUCCACCAACUCCGUCAACUGUUGAUUAUGAACUUGAUGUGAUUGCGCAUCAAAUUGUGGUAAUUUAGAUUUUUUUUGAAUUUUUCAAUAAUUGUGCAUUUUUUUCAGGCGGACAAACGAAGCGGUGAUUUGAGAAAAUUCGUUCAGCCGAUCGCAAUAACUGUUGAUACACUCAAAAAUGAAGGAGGUGUUUUUCUCGCCUUCUCUUUACAUUAUUAUAAUAAUGGAACAACUCGGGAGAAUAUUGUCAAAUUGGUCAAAAUGACAUCAUUAGAGUAUGCUUUUAAGAACCCCCCCCCCCACUUAUAUUCGAAAAAGUAAACAAUAUUUUUUAGACUCGAUCCGGUAUCUGUGCUUCAAAAAGUUCAAUCAGCUGCCAAUCAAUUUUGUUUGUCCAAAAUACGUUUUCCAAGUUUGAUCACUACAAAUCCAGAAAUUGCUCAAUAUUUUCACGAAGUCAACAUAAUUGAUAGAAGUUAUGAAUGCUAUUUCACAUAUAUCACAAAUUUUGCCGAUGAGAUUCUCAAAAUUCCAGAAUUCAACAUAGCUCUUGAUGUUCUGACGAACUUCUAUAUAGAAGUUUUAAAUGAUGUUAAAUUUCAAGAGCGUAUUGAACAGUUAGUUUUAUAGAAAAAUAUUCAUUAAAUGAAAUUUUUCAUACUUUCAGAUACUUCACAACGAACAAAAUGGUUUUUGAAAUUCCAAAAAUGAACAUUUCAAAAUGGACAGAUGUUUCUGAAUUUUUAUCGGGUGUUUUGCAAUAUGUAGGUUUCACGAAUCAAAAACUUAUGCCAUUUUAAUUUUUUCAGCAUCGUUUUAUCGUUCAUGUCUCAGUUAACAGUAAUAAUCAUAAAAUGUACAUCGAUGAACAUUCAUACCAGCAAUUAAUGGGUUUGCAAAUGAUUUUAUCAUUUUUGAUGAAAAGCGUCAAUGAAUUGUCGAAAUCUGAAAGUUAUUGUUCCGAAGUUCUUCCAGAAAUUGUGAAAAUUCGAAAUUUGAUUAUGCAAGAUGUAUAUGAUGACAAUUUGAAAACAACGUUUGAGGAAAUAUUUACAAGAACUCUCGAUCCACUGACUAGAAAUUAUAAAAAUGGAGUUUAUGAUUUGGCGACUUUCCUCGAUCCUCGUUUUGCUUUUCUUUCCGAUGUUUUUAGUGAUGAAACAUGGAAAACAUUAUCGAACUUUGUCAGAGAGAAUAUCAGUAAGUAUUUUAUUAUUGAUUUUCUAAAUUGAAACUAUGAUAUUUUGCAGUGAAUUCGAAUGUUGGCUCAAAUUUAUCCUAUAGUGAAAAACUGGGAUACGUCGAUGUGGAAUUGCAUAAUUUUAAAAGUAUGGUUCAAAAGCAGCGCCCGACUUCUCAUCCUUUCAACUGGUGGAAAAUAUAUUCGACAACGUUUUCAUUUUUAUACGAUGCUGCCAGAAAUUUCAUAACACCUCCUCCGUGCGCUAUUAAUGCUGAAUAUUAUUUUGGAGAUUGUGGUAAAUAUCGAAAUAUUGAAAAUAAAAUAUCAUUCAAACAAUUCAACAAUAAUCUGGCAAUUGCUUCAUCUUUGGAGCCAUUUCGAGGAAGAGGAUUAUUUGAAGAAAACGAAUUAUUUGGAAUUAAACAAGGUUCAAUUGUCCAGGUUCAAACUCUCCGCAAAAAACAAACAACAUACGAAAAAGUUAAUUUGUGAGUUAUUUUUGAUUUUUUUUUUAAAAACAAUCUUUCCAACAACUUUCUCGUUUUCAGGCAAAAUGACGAAGAUUCACGUAUCGAUUUAUCAAAGUAUUUAAUGUUGCCUCCUGAAAAAGAGAAGGAAGGGCCUCUUGAUCUUGAUGAGUUAGUUCUUCCAUUUUUAAACCCAUUAAUCAUAUUUAUAUUUUUCAGAAUCUUGGAACCUGAAGUUAAACCUGAAACAUUAGAAUUGCCAGAAAAUGAAAAUGAAAUAGAGACCAUCAAAGUUAAAGAAGAAUUGAUUGAUAUAAAACCUGAAGAAAUUGAAAUACCAGAUGCAAAUACACCAUCCACAUCAACUCCCAAACAAAUAUCUGUGAGCGCAAGAACUGAAAAUGUUGAUGUUGCAAAUUUGACAGUAAAUAGAAGAGUUUAUAUCAGAGUACCGUGAGUUUUGAGAAAAGUUUUAGUCAGAACUGAAAAAUAUCGAUACAUCGAAAAUUUAUUUUAAAUGUUUGUCAAAUUUUCAUCAGAUUCUGAAUAUUCCAGAUUAUUUUAUUUAAAAAUAAUUCAAUUAUUCCAGAUAUCAAAGAACGGCUAUGGAACGUGCUUUGAAAAAAGCUCCAACUGGUGAACAGUCAACAAAUCUACAAAUGUUUGUUUCAUUCUUCAAUAUUUUUCUCAUCUCAAAUGUUCUUUCCAGCGAAUAUCUGCUUCCAUCUUCUUCGUCUUCUUCUUCAUCCAAUAAUAAUAAUGCCAAAAAUAUUCAACUCAAAAGACCACAAGAAUCAACAUCAAAUGGAAUCGUAAUUGAAUCAAGUAAACGGUACAAAAGAGUUUGCACGAAUUUUGAAACUGAAAAUGGCGUCAUUUGUAAAGAGUGAGUUUUUAUGAUAGACAAGAGUUGAGAAAAAAGGUUUUUUGCAGGAGAAUUCAUCCGUUUUACACGUCGACAAGUUUUGAAAAUGUGACUAUUGCACGACCUCAAAAAAUGUGCAGUGAGUCUGAAAAUAGUGGUAAUAAUAUUUGAAAAUUUGUUAAGUUGUUUUUAGAAUAGUUUUUUUGCCUACAUAAAAAAGUAAUUUUCACUUUUUCCAUUUCACUUUUUUGUGGAUGUUUGGCAAAUGGAAUUUUUUGAUGACCAUGGGAUUUUUCAUUUUUUUGUUGGUGGAAUGUGGGAGGCAAUUUUUCAUGGGUAUAUUUAGAAAACACAUUUCGAGCUUGAUAAUUAAAAUCCUAAUAAAAUAAAAGAUUCCUAAAGCUUUUUUUUCUCAAAAAAAAGUUUCGAAACAUGUUUUUUUCAAUUUCUUUUUCAAAUAAAUCACAACAACAACAGAAACAACAAAUAAUAAAUGUAUAUAGUGAAACUUUCUAAUGUCUACUUUGAUAUAAUACAUAUUUUCGAAUUCCAUCAUUUUCCGUUUUCCCACUACUUACCUGACCUCAAUUCGACGAGAGAAGAAGACAAAAUGAUAAAAAUAAGGAUUUCGACUUUUAUCGGUUUUCUCGGCGAUGAUUUUGUUUUGCACUUUUUUGUUGAAAUUAUGUAUGUAUUUUGAAAAAGUUUUGAGAUGAGAUGAAAAAAUCGUGUUCCUUCUUUUUUUUUCGAAAAUCUCAAUCAAUCUAUUCUAAUCCCUGCUUUACCAACAAAAUAGUUAUAAAUAGAGUAUUGUAGGAUUUUGAGAGACACGCAGACAUUUAUCCGGACCAGUUUUCUGUUGCCAUUCAAAUAAGGCAUUUCACUUUCCGAUAGAUCAGGUUGGUAUUUUUCGGAACAUUUUAUUUCAUUUUUUUUGUUAUUUUGGACUUCUUCUCAUUUUUUGUUGCAGGCCAUGUUCUUGAUUUUUCUUCCACUGAUCUCGUUGAUUUCAACUUUAGCAGCUAACGAUGAUUUGUACAUAUUGAUUGAUGAAAUUAGUUUAUAUAAUUGUAGAGGUAUCAAAAAUGAGAUAAAAGUAUCAGAAGAUGAUGUGCAAAUUGUGAAUGAGCUCGGAAAUCGGGUAAUUUCAUUUUUAUUUAUUGAUUUUAUUUUUAAAAACUAAUUUUUAACCAAUAGGUUUAUUAUAUCCGGGCGCCUGGAAAUUACUCUCUUGAUUUCAAAAAAAUCAAAGUUGCCAAAAAUUUCGGAUAUUUGGCUGGUGAAAUUGGUGUAACUCUACAAGUUCCGAUUAUCGAAGGCCCGGCUGGAAUACGUUUUGACUUGCCUUAUACAAUGAUUCCGGAGACUAGUUUGUUGAGUCAAAAGUGUGAUGAUAAUAGUGGAAUUGUGGAGAGAAAUGGCAGAACUUAUUGGUAAGAUUUUUUGGGCACUCGAGUUCAUAUUUCAAAAUAAAAAUUCUUUAAAUUCAAAAAAAUACCGUAUAUUCGGAAAUUCAAAAGCUUUGGAUUUAUCGCCAAAAAUUUCUUCUUGUCAAAAAUUUCUUCUUGUCAAAAAUUUUGUAAAAAAAAACACGAAUUCGUGUUUUUUUUGACAAAAAGAUUUAAUAAAAUGCUUUCCAUAUUUUUCCAAAGACAAAACUUCCAACCCCAAUUUCACAAUUUUCCAGCCGAUAUUGUGAUUUGUGUCAAGUCUCUGAAGCUGUCGAAAAAGAACUGAGCAAUGGUCAACACCAAUUCCUCUCUCGAUCUGCUGGCGAUACUCCGAUCUCAAAAUGUCACAACAUCGAGGCAAAUGAAUAUGAUUUCCGAAGAACUAUCCAACUUCCAAGUCGAAGUCAACUCGAAAAUCUCAUCAAAAGUAAAGCACAAGGAAUUGAUGAUGAAAUUAAAAAACGGCUUAAUAAAGGGGUAUGUUUUAUUGAAUUGUGACUUCAAAAUCAAUCAAUCAUUCAUUCAGCGUGGUCGUUUCCAAGUUUUCCUAAAUCUCAUCGCCUCUGAGAAACCAGCUAUUUCAAAAGCCAGAUGGUUCGCAGGAUCGAAAGAUGUGAGUUUCACCAAAUUUCAAAAUAAGUAAUCAAAAAAAUUGGAUUUUUGUAGUGUGAAUGUUGUUUCAAUCGAAAUGCGGAGAACUGCGAUUCAUUGUCAUAUUUUUAUUGUAAUAUGGAAGAUUGUAAAACCGGUUGGGCUCUUCAAUGUCUUCAUAACACUGCCAGAAUUGCAGCGUGUUAUACUGUGGAAUUUAAUUAUCGGUGAGGUUUUAUAGAAUCUUGAGAUAUUUUGGAAUUAGGAGAAAAUUUCAAAUUGAAAGACUGUGAGAUUUUUUUUCGAUAAUAACCAUGGAAAUAUUCAUCAGAACACUAGGGAAUUUUUAAAUACAUUUUUUUUUCAAAUCCUAUAAUUUUUCAAAAUUCCCUUAUCUCAUUCCGAUUUCCCAAUUCAACUCUAUUUUCUCCUAGAAUGACGACUCAAUACUCUGACGUCCAGCAAUUCUUGAAAGAAAACAACUAUCCAAAUCAAGAUGCCUAUUCUUCAAAUCCCACCAACUACGAAUCUCAAACUCUUCCACCAACACCCAAAACCACAACACAAUCAGCCGAAGCUCGACAAGUUGAUCAAAUUCAAAUGUCUCGUGCUUGUGUUGAAGCAAUGUCACCAAGAUUAACACAUUUACGAAGAUAUUGCACGAUUUUCUGGAAUGAGAAAUUGUGUUGUGAACAUUGUCCUGAUAUUUGUUAG